CAAGGACCUGGCAGUUGCUUCCAGGAGCCACACAGAGCCAGGAAUUGGAAGAAUCCAGGAUGUCAAGGCUUUGAAAAAUAGACAUCUUAUUAGACUACCAUAGUGAAGCUGAAAAGGUAGAUGCAGUUUCAAGUACCAGGCUGAGUGACCUAGUUGAGUGUACAGGUUGUGUACACUGUGUGUAUGUAUAUACCCACAUAUUUCCAUAGCCACACUGACUUGUUCUUGCAUAUUCCUGGGAGUUUCGCAAUUGAUGAAAAUUAACUUAAGAACCAGAUGGAGCAACUUGACACCACAGGGAUCAAGAGCCCAUGGAAAGACACCUGCCACUAAUGGUCUGCUUUCCACAUGGUCUUCACGGGUGAAAAAGAUUUGCAAGAAGAGGAAGAAAGAACACCCUCUGCCACAGAACAAGCCUCACAAAUACCUCCACAAUCUAAAGGAAUAAUUGAGAGAGAGGCAGCGUGGGGAGGAAACUGACUUAGAUAUUGCAAAAGGAACAAUGAACUGUCUUUGGCACAUUUUUUGCAUUGACCUCAGUAAACUGUAAUUGAGUUUAAUGUACUGGACUAAUAAAUAGUGACCAUUUAUUGUGUGGUAAUGACUGGAAGAAAGUAAGUUUAGAAACAAUGGGACAAGUUUGGGCAUUGAACUGACAAACCUCAUCCUCUGUAUUGAGUUAACUGGGUCAUCGAACAUACUUUGUCCCUUCCUUUUUUUCCCUCUUUUUACUUAGUAUGGUAUAAACUCAUAAAUGUUAUUCAUCUAAAACAAUCAGAACACGACGUAUGUUUCCUUCAUGUACAGCUGCAAAUGUGGUCUUUUGGAACUAUGAAUCUGAGCUCUAGACAAGCCUCAAGAAGGAAGGAGUCCAUCAAACAAGGAAAGAAAAUAUCUAGGGAAAUAGUGAAACUGGGAAGUCAGAUUUCUAGUGCUGUUCCUCUUUUUUUAUUUGUUGAUUAUUUUUCUUCUUUCCUCGAAUCCUAGAAGGUUUGCAAAUGAGUGCUUUCUUGACAUGCUUUAAUUUUGGCACUUGUUUUUGCAGCAGGGUGAAAAGUCUGAUUCUUUUGUAGCAGGAAAAAGGGAAAAGUAAAAGAAAAACAGCCUGACGUGCACUGCUAUUCUGUAGGAGAGAGAAUUUCAUGGUUCACCUGAGGCAAACUUAUCUGCUCUAAAAGCUUUAGAGGAUUUUUGAUUCUGCUAAAUGAAAAGGGGUUUUCUUUUUCAUGCCCGUGUGGCAGCAAGAAGUGGGAAAGCAGGCGAGAUAGCAUGAUAAACAGUUCAGAUUGUGUUGGGUCUCUGGUGGAAAAAAGAGCUGCAAUGAAAAUAGGACUGUCUUUGGAUUGCAAAAACCAUUGAAUCCACCGAGUAGAUUAGUACCGAGAGGGAUUUCCCAUCUGGCCUGGCACGGUGGUGCCUGCACAAGCUCGGAUCUGUUGUUUCGCACGGUUUGUGUGCCUUUUUUUCCCUUUAUGCAAUCUCUUUCAGCUUUAGCAGCAGAAAUUCGCUUGGCGGAGAAGUUAUGCCAGAGGGCAGCUUGGGAAAGACGAAUGUCAUAUAUAUCUACAUGUAUAUGUGUGUGCGUGUUUAAAUUUCUGCGACUGAACUUUUGAAGAAAAUCCGACUGGAGGAAAUCUUAAAGCCUUAAGUUACUUGAAAUCUACACAUUUGCAACUCUUUGUCUCUGGAAUUGCAUUACGCUAAACUGGAAUCUCAGGCUGUAUAAAGAUUAUAUCAAAUUGAGCAAAAAGACGACUUACCACUUCUUGAGCGCCUCUUAUGAAGUAGCUGUUUCUCCAAAGGAUAAGUGCACCCUCACUCUAAUGACUCAAAGACAAAAGGAAUCUGAUUUUUUUUUUUAAGUGUUACUUUUUCUUAGCCAACUGCCAUUGUCUUUUAUAGAAGAUUUUUUCACUAUGCAUUUGGUGGAUAUUUAUAAACACUGAUCCGUGUUCUCCCCUCCAGUGAUCUAUCCCAGGUCAGUCUUAUCAAUAAAAAAAAAAGAUUUAAAUUUUGUGCACUAGACAUAUUACUUUCUUAUGUCAACAAUUAAAGAUAAAAAAAAGCAUGUAUGCAGCGGUGGAACAUGGGCCUGUUCUUUGCAGCGAUUCCAACAUCCUCUGCCUCUCCUGGAAAGGUAGAGUUCCCAAAAGCGAGAAGGAGAAACCAGUGUGCAGGAGGAGGUACUAUGAAGAAGGCUGGCUGGCAACAGGCAAUGGCAGAGGAGUUGUCGGAGUGACUUUCACUUCCAGUCAUUGUCGGAGAGACCGGAACACCCCUCAGAGAAUCAACUUCAAUCUGAGGGGCCACAACAGCGAGGUUGUACUGGUGAGAUGGAAUGAACCAUUCCAGAAACUGGCAACCUGCGAUGCAGAUGGAGGAAUUUUUGUUUGGAUUCAAUAUGAAGGCAGAUGGUCUGUGGAGCUUGUGAAUGAUCGUGGGGCGCAGGUGAGCGACUUUACAUGGAGCCAUGAUGGGACUCAAGCACUCAUCUCCUAUAGGGAUGGAUUUGUGCUGGUUGGUUCAGUCAGUGGACAGAGACAUUGGUCUUCAGAGAUUAACUUGGAGAGUCAGAUCACCUGUGGGAUAUGGACUCCUGAUGAUCAGCAGGUACUGUUUGGUACUGCUGAUGGUCAGGUGAUUGUCAUGGAUUGCCAUGGCCGAAUGCUGGCACAUGUUCUCCUUCACGAGUCAGAUGGCAUCCUCAGUAUGUCUUGGAACUACCCCAGCUUCCUGGUGGAAGACAGCAGUGAAAGUGACACAGAUUCUGAUGACUACUCCCCACCGCAAGAUGGUCCAGCCGCAUAUCCGGUCCCAGUGCAGAACACCAAACCGCUACUCACUGUCAGCUUCACAUCAGGAGACAUUAGUUUAAUGAACAACUAUGAUGACUUGUCUCCUACUGUCAUCCGCUCAGGGUUGAAAGAUGUGGUGGUGCAGUGGUGUACGCAGGGAGACCUGUUAGCUGUAGCAGGCAUGGAAAAGCAAAGUCAGCUAGCUGACCUUGGUAGCAGUUCCAUUCUGAAAAGUGCACUCGUCAAGUUCUACAAUGUCCGUGGGGAACAUAUCUACACGCUGGAAACUCCUGUGCAGCGUCCCAUAAUCUCCAUUUGCUGGGGCCACAGGGACUCACGCCUGCUCAUGGCUUCUGGCCCUGCACUCUAUGUUGUCAGAGUAGAGCACAGGGUCUCCAGCCUGCAGCUCCUAUGCCAGCAGACCAUCGCUAGCUCUCUGCGGGAUGACAAGGAUAUCAGCAAACUGACUCUGCCUCCUCGGCUCUGCUCAUACCUCACCACUGCCUUUAUACCAACAAUCAAGCCUCCUAUCCCAGACCCCAACAAUAUGAGAGAUUUUGUCAGCUAUCCAACAGCUGGCAAUGAAAGGCUUCACUGCACGAUGAAGCGGACAGAAGAUGAUCCGGAGGUCGGAGGUCCAUGCUACACGCUGUACUUGGAAUACCUAGGGGGACUGGUACCUAUCCUAAAAGGGCGCCGAAUCAGCAAACUGCGGCCAGAAUUUGUCAUCAUGGAUCCUAAAACCGAUGGAAAAGCAGAUGAAAUCUAUGGAAACAGCUUGAUUUCCACUGUGAUUGACAGCUGCAACUGCUCAGACUCCAGUGAUAUUGAACUGAGCGAUGACUGGGCUGCGAAGAAAUCUCCCAAAAUCACUCGAGCUAGCAAAUCACCCAAACUCCCCAGAAUUAAUAUAGAUGCCCGCAAAUCUCCAAAGUUGUCGCGAGCUGCUCAGGAGAUAUCAAGAUCUCCAAGGUUACCAAUAAGGAAACCUUCUAUUGGUUCACCAAGCCUAACUCGACGAGAGUUUCCAUUGGAAGAUAUCACUCAGCACAACUAUCUUGCUCAGGUCACGUCUAAUAUCUGGGGAACCAAAUUUAAGAUUGUGGGUUUGGCUGCUUUCCUACCAACUAACCUUGGUGCAGUGAUUUAUAAAACCAGUUUGCUGCAUCUCCAGCCCAGACAGAUGACUAUUUAUCUCCCUGAAGUGCGUAAGAUUUCCAUGGACUACAUUAACCUGCCUGUCUUCAACCCCAAUGUUUUCAGUGAAGAUGAAGAUGAUUUACCAGUAACUGGAGCAUCUGGAGUCCCUGAGAACAACCCCCCCUGCACCGUCAAUAUCCCUAUUGCUCCUAUUCACAGCUCAGCACAAGCUAUGUCACCGACUCAGAGCAUAGGACUGGUUCAGUCCUUGUUGGCCAAUCAGAACGUGCAGUUGGAUGUCUUGACCAAUCAGACGACAGCAGUGGGGACGACAGAGCACGCGGGUGAUAGCGCAGUGCAGUACCCAGUCUCAAGCAGGUACUCCAAUCCAGGACAGGUGAUUUUUGGAGGAGUGGAAAUGGGGCGCAUCAUCCAGGCACCGCCUCAGUUAUCCCUGCAACCGCAGGGUGCAAUACAGAUGGCGAUAAUGGAUCACAGAGAAGGAGACAGAGACCAUGAACAUCACCAAAAGGCAAAAACUUUACGGCCAGUGCAGCAGCUGGCAGAAGGGGACGCUGUUGUCUUCAGCACUGCACAAGAAAUACAACUGAACAAAAUGAACCCACCCCCUCCUUACCCUGGAACCAUACCAGCCGCUCCCACUGGACCGCCGCCUCCCCCGCCUGUCCCGCCCCAGCCACCUAUGGAUCUCUGUCUGAAAAAGGGAGACUUUUCUCUUUAUCCAGCAGGACAUUAUCAGACCCCUCUUGGCUACGAGCGAAUAACGACCUUUGAUAGCAGUGGGAACGUUGAAGAGGUGUGCCGGCCUCGAACGAGGAUGCUGAAUACUUAUACCCUGCCGGGUCCCGGCAGCUCUGCCACUUUAAGGAUUACAGCAACAGAGAAGAAAAUCCAGCAGCCCUGUUCCAGUGCUACCCUGAAUAGGCUGACAGUUCCUCGUUAUUCUAUACCGACUGGGGAUCCACCACCUUACCCAGAAAUUGCCAGCCAGCUGUCACAGGGCCGUAGCAUUACACAGAGGCUGGACAGUAGUAUUAUCCAUGCUACUCUGCGGAGGAACAGCAGAGAGGCAGCUCUGAAAAUGGCUCAGUUGGUCGACAGCCAAAGAGCCACUUUACAACAUUCAUCAAAACCUAAGAGCAAUGUUGUGACAGCACAGUACCAGCAGAGGGCACCGACAGCUUUAUACACCUGUAGUCAAUGCAGCAGCAGUAACAGCAACCCGAGUAGCAGCGGUGGUGGGAACAUCAGUAAUGCCAAUGCGAGUAACAGCACUUCCAGUAUUAGCAGUAUGAGGCCUGACGUAACCACUGGGAGCAGUUCCCAGCACAGUUCUGUCAUUGCUCACUCAGUCAGUACUUCGCCCUUGGCCUCCCAGUCCUCAUACAAUUUGCUGAGCCCACCUGAUAACUCUCGUGAUCGGACAGAUUAUAUCAACUCUGCCUUCACAGAAGAUGAGGCACUUUCUCAGCACUGUCCAGUGGAGAAAUCGAUAAGGCACAUGCCUGUAGCCUUGACAGAGGCUACAGUUGGUGGGAAGCGGCCACCACCAUACCAGUGGGACCCUAUGGUGAGUGAGGAGAUAUGGGUUCCUCAGGAAAGGACAGCUCAAAGUUCAGUGCCCAACCCUCUCAAACCUGCUCCUCUAAUUGGUCAAGCUCAGCAUCUUGAUAUGUCUCGAGUGCCAUUUGUUUCCCCCAAAUCUCCAACCAGUCCCACUGCCACUUUCCAGAUGAGUUAUGGGGUUGGAGUACCUUAUCCAGGAAGCUACAGUGCCCCUCCUCUCCAGGGAAUGCAGGCCCCCUGCUCCCCCAAAGAAGCUCUGGCCCCAACACAGUUUGCACAACAAGAGCCAACUGUAGUACUUCAGCCAGGUUAUCCAUCUAACCUAUCCUAUUGCCCCUUGCCACCCAUGUAUCCAGGAAGUAGCACUUGCUCUAGUUUACAGCUGCCACCAAUAGCCUUGCACCCAUGGAAUUCCUACAGUGCAUGCCCGCCUGUACAGAAUUCCCAAGGCACUUUGCCCCCCAAGCCACUUCUAGUGGUGGAGAAGCCAGUUAUGUCUCCCCCACCAGCAGAGCUUCAGGGUCACGUGGGCACAGAAGUAAUGGUGGAGACAGCAGACACCUUCCAGGAGGUUCUCUCCCUCACAGAAAGUCCCAUUCCUCAACGGACAGACAAGUUUGGGAAGAAGAACCGGAAGCGCCUGGAUAGUCGAGCUGAGGAAGGAAAUGUGCAGGCUAUGACAGAGGGCAAGGUCAAAAAGGAGGCAAGGACACUGACUGACUUCAACUCCCUAAUAUCCAGCCCUAGGCUAGGAAGGGAGAAGAAGAAAGUCAAGAGCCAGAAGGACCAGCUGAAGUCAAAGAAGCUGAACAAGACGAAUGAGUUUCAGGACAGUUCAGAGAGUGAGCCAGAACUUUUUAUCAGUGGGGAUGAACUGAUGAACCAGAGCCAAGGAAGCAAAAAGGGGUGGAAAACCAAAAGGAAUUUGAGGACAGCCAGUGAGCUGGAUGAGUUCAAGUGCCGGAAGGCCAACGAAAAGGAGGAUGGGAGGCUGGGAAGCCAGGGCUUUGUGUAUGUGAUGGCCAACAAGCAGCCCUUGUGGAACGAGGCGACACAAGUGUAUCAGCUGGACUUUGGAGGACGGGUGACCCAGGAGUCUGCAAAAAACUUCCAGAUUGAGCUGGAAGGACGACAGGUAAUGCAGUUUGGAAGGAUUGAUGGCAACGCUUACAUUUUGGACUUUCAGUAUCCGUUUUCUGCAGUACAAGCCUUUGCAGUUGCUCUGGCUAACGUGACUCAACGCCUCAAAUGAAAAGAGCAGAGACUGGAGAGAGAAAACCCUUCUCCUAAUGUCCGAACUGGAAAAUGUCAGGGCGGCCUGUUUUAGGUGCACGAAGGCGCAGGGGAGUGAAGAAGGCAGUAAAACUGGAAAAAUUUCUUGGUGCCCAAAAGAGGGCAUUAACUUUAGUCAUAAUUGGGGUGGGGGAGCUGUUUGUUUGGGGUUUUUUUUGUUUUUUUUUAACAUUGUGCUGGGGUUUCAGAAAGAGCACCAGGUGAGAGCCAUUCAGUGUUAUGUUGGGAAAUGUGGCUUUUGGCUUGUUGUGGUGGUUCUGCUGUGUUUGCUGCAGUAGCUGACGUAAGCUCGUAGGGGGGUAAAAAAGACUGCUCUCUUUGAUAGACUGCCUUAUAUCAUGCUGUUCUUUUUAAAACAGGGAACAUAACCUUUUUUCUGGUCCAGUUUGUACUACUACAUGAGUGAUAGCAGGAAAAAAAAAAAGCUAUAAUACUUGAAGACACAUGUUUCUUCUCUGAUCAUAGCUGAGCACUGCAGGUACCAAGGAGGUUUAUGAAGGUCAAUAUUUAAUUUAUAAAUACUGAUGUAUUAUUCAGAAGAGAAACAAAACUGUUACCAUUGGAUGGUUUCAAAACAUAUUUCAUCGAAGAAGUUGGGUGUCUGCUUUUUGUGUGCUGUUACUUGGGAUAAAUGUGUUUCACUAGAUGAUGGAGAACAGAGGAGGGAGGAGUUGUGAGAGGUGCAUACAUAAGUGUAUAGGUAAGCAGUAUUCUCUGACUUGUACUACAUGUGUGUAGUACAUAAUGCAGCCUGGCGUAGCACAUGGGCAAGGGCUACUCCUCUUCACUAAAAGAUCUUUACAUGUUAAGAACAGAAUUGUUCAAAUACAUAAAAUGGGCCCAGUGAGUAAAAUUCUUCUAAAUCCAUGGUGAAUCGGAGCAUUGCAUUAAUUGGGAAAGAGAAAGGCGUGUGGUGACAGUAGGUGAUUUCUCAUCACCGCCGGUUGGAAAAAAGGGAGAAAAGGAAGGAAAUAUUGGAGAGUACCGCCCCUUUCACCCACCUCCUAUUUGAGUACAGCAUUAUAGGCUGUCGUUUGAAUGGUUAACAGUCCAAAAAAAGAAUGGGAAGCCAAAAUGUAUAUAGCUGGUUAUGGCUUUUUAAUCACCUAUAUACA